CCGUACGCAGUGACCCUGGAGCCCCCGCAGACGCCGGGAGACUCAGCGGUCGGAGCGGCAGGCGGCUCCCCGCACCUCCAGGAGCUUCCAGGGAGCCCUCCAAGCCGUGCUCGGGGUCCGUCCCGCUGUUCUCAGCCCAGAGCCAUGAUGAAGACCUUGUCCAGUGGGAACUGCACACUCAAUGUGCCUGCUAAGAACUCCUACCGCAUGGUGGUGCUGGGUGCCUCCCGAGUGGGCAAGAGCUCCAUUGUCUCCCGCUUCCUCAAUGGCCGCUUUGAGGACCAGUACACGCCCACUAUCGAGGACUUUCAUCGCAAGGUGUACAACAUCCACGGGGACAUGUACCAGCUGGAUAUCCUGGACACCUCUGGCAACCACCCAUUCCCUGCCAUGCGCCGGCUCUCCAUCCUCACAGGAGAUGUCUUCAUCCUGGUGUUCAGCCUGGAUAGCCGGGAGUCCUUUGAUGAGGUCAAGCGCCUCCAGAAACAGAUCCUGGAGGUCAAGUCCUGCCUGAAGAAUAAAACCAAGGAGGCAGCAGAGCUGCCCAUGGUGAUCUGUGGGAACAAGAAUGACCACAGUGAGCUGUGCCGCCAGGUCCCUGCCAUGGAGGCUGAGCUGCUGGUGUCUGGUGAUGAAAACUGCGCCUACUUCGAGGUGUCAGCCAAGAAGAACACUAAUGUGAAUGAGAUGUUCUAUGUGCUGUUCAGCAUGGCCAAGCUGCCCCAUGAGAUGAGCCCUGCACUGCACCAUAAGAUCUCCGUGCAGUACGGCGAUGCUUUUCACCCCCGGCCCUUCUGCAUGCGUCGCACUAAGGUCGCAGGUGCCUAUGGCAUGGUCUCACCCUUUGCCCGACGCCCCAGUGUCAACAGUGACCUCAAGUACAUCAAGGCCAAGGUCCUACGGGAGGGCCAGGCCCGAGAGAGGGACAAGUGUAGCAUCCAGUGAGAGGCAGGGACAUCGGGGAGGGGGCUUGGGCAGUGCCUUAAGGGAGGUGGCUGAGGAUUCCCACUGCGCACAUCCCACAGAGGGCCCUAGGUGUGUACCCUGUGCCCAUUCUCUUGUUUCCUGGACACCUCCUGUGAGCCGUGAGUGUGGUUCCUUUGUGGGAGGACGGAGACAUGUCUAGGGACAUGACAGCACUCAUGCCGAGACAAGCUUUCCGUGGGAGGGAUGCAAAAAGGCCAGGAGUCCUGCAUCAAAGCAAGAUGCUCAGUACAAGUCACAGGAUGAGAACAUCUUAGCCAGAUGCCCCAGCCAGGUUCCCUGGUGGCCUCUGCUCCCUCUGUUCAGACCAGCUUGGUCUCAGUGUCCCUGGAGAAACCACCAUCCUGGGUCUUCAGCUCCUGCCGUCUGGCCCAGCUGUGUACACUGCCCCCCAAUUUAGCCCCUGGGGCCAUCAUGACCUUGAGUGGAGGGGGGAGAGAGAAAGGGAGAGAGAGAGAGAGAGAGAGAGAGAGAGAGAGAGAGAGAGAGAGAGAGAGAGAGAGAGAGAGAGAGAGAGAGAGAGAGACCGGUGUCCCCCAGAUCACUGCCUUUUGGCUCCACUCCCAGGCUCCUCCAUACGAUAUUUCUCUUUGUUUUGAAGUGUCUUUCCUGUUCUGUUUGCAGUAGACAUGAAGUCCUUGUACUGUAAGAGGCCAAUGCUUUGUCUUUGACCGGGCUUCCCAAUUCAAAUCCAUUGCUUUGGCCGGGGUCUCCCUCCCUGCUCCCAGGCAGGCUGUGUUCUGCCCAGUGUCCAUCGGCCUACAAAGAGCCCACAGUGCCACAGUCACAGCAGUAAUCUCCUGCCCUCUGGAGAGGAUGACUGAGCUUUGAGAGAGUGAUUCUAACCCCCUCCGCACUCCUAACUAGUUCAGGACAGAGCUCUGACUAGAUGCAGCUUUCUUCUGCUUUAGUUCCUUAAACAUCUGCCAAGCACCUACCUGAUACUGGUCCCUUGUGUGCUAGGCAACAGAGAGCGAGGGGUCCUGUGUGUCCCCAGCUCCGGCCUCUGCCCUCCCAUGGUGCCCUUUCUGCGCACACAGCUGUUGGAGGAAGUGGAGCAGUUGAGAGCCAGAGCCGAGUCCAGGAAAGGUUGGAAGGACAUAUUGCAGGACUUACCCUAGUGUUCAGGCUAUGCUAGGUACACAGGAGUGGGGGUGACCCUGAAAACCAAAGGUCCUGUUCACCACCUCUUAAUGCAUCUGUGCUUUAGUCUUAUUAGUACUGCAGCUGGCCCAUUUGAGAUGACUCUGGGUAAAGACACCUGCUGCCAAGCUUUCAACCUGAGUUUGGUCCCGGGGUUCCAUGUGGUGGAAGGAGAGAAGUCAUCCAUUGACCUCCACACAUCCAUCAUGGUACCCCUAGCGCGCCCCCCCCCCCCCAUGAAUUAUUGAAGCUGAUGAUUAUCAGAAACCACAGCAAUCUAAUAGUGCAUUCUCUCAAGGCCCAGGUCACUCCCUGCAAGCUGGGUCGGCCAUGGGCCUUCCAUACACACCACGUCAUACCCUGUCUCCUUGGAGCUCCCAGUAGCCGGGAUUUGGAUCAUGUUACAUAUGCCUUCCUCAGAGCAAUCACUGAGGCUAUCUGUGGAUACUGUGCACAUUGUCACCCUUGCUCUGCACACCAGGCCCAGCCCAGACUCCAUACACACACCUGCUGCUCAGCACAAUUGCUUCAGCACCUGCUUCUGUCCUACAAUGACUCCAGCCCCAGUCCUGAGUAUACCAGGUACUUGUCCAGGCAAGUCUAUGGCCUGGUCCAUCCGGUCAAGCUCUACUGCCUGGACCUCUGUGUACACUAUCAAUUAAAGUUGGUUUGUUAGCUGUGCC